UGUAUGUCAUUGAAUUUGUUUAGUUACACAAGUUUUCGGCAUAUUUUUCAUCAUAUAGAAAAGGAAACGAAACAAAAAAAAACACAAAAUUUACAUCAAAAUAUAUACGGCAAAUUCCCUGAACAUUUAGAAAGCAAUGGACGAACAGUCGCGUACCUUUUUGUACGAGCAACUCUGCAAAUUAAGACAUUGUGUGGGCAAUCCUAAUUAUGAUGUAAGCAAAACCAUAAAUUAUAUACUUUCCAGACCUACUUUGAAUAAUGAUAGUCGCCAUGAAUUGGUUGUUCUCGAUAAUCUUCGACUACGUUUCGAGGAGGUGCAACUCACGGGAGAUUCACGCAUUAAAGACCUUAUGGGGUUACGUGCCAAUCUGUGUAUGCAUCUCUAUAGAGAACUGGCUGGGAUUGAACCAGAUGAAAAUAAACGUUACGUUUACUUAACACUAUGCUACGAACUCCUUGACGCUGGAGAACCUGAUAAUAUGACCGAAGAGGAAACCAUUGAAUAUCGUCUAAAAGUGAUUGACAGCCUUAACAAUCAGGUGAAUAAAUUACUAAAGCAUCUAAAUGAAGUAGACAAAGUUAAGGAUGAAAGUAAAAAACAUGUAGGUGUUUCCAAAAGGUCAAAACCAGGUAAAUCGAAAAUAAAAGUAGAGAGUUAUGCUAGAAACAAUCCCAAACUUCAAAAACAUUGUCAGUUCCAGUGUUUGAACCACCAAUCUGAAUCUUUGGCUAACAAUAAUAUACUCAAUCAUAGAAAAAUCAUAGAUAACAAGAAAAUAGCCCAUGAUGGCGAAACUAAAUGGUUUGGUUGUUCCAGACUAAGUAAGGAAAACAUAUUGAAAUCAAUCGAUUCAAGUCCAAUUCGUACAACUAUUGAAAGUCAAUCUAUUCCAACUACAUCAAACUUACCUUCGUCUACAAGAAAAACAAGAAUCAUAGAUAACUACAAAAAUAUUAACCAUGAUUGCGAAACUAAAUUGUUUGGUUGUUCCAGACUAAGUAAGGAAAAAAUAUUGAAACAACCGAUCCAAGUCCAAUUCGUACAAUUAUUGAAAAUCAAUCUAUUCCAACUACAUUAAACUUGCCUUCGUCCAAAAAAAUUAACCUCUGAGUAUCUUGUACAUACAUACAUAUAUAAAAAAAGUCGGGUUUACCUCCCUGACCCUAUAAAUCCAGAACGCACGAACCGAUUUUCACGGUUGGAAAGGUCUCAAGCUCCGUGAGGUGAGGCAAAGAAAAAUAUAAAAAUAAGUCGGGCUUUCCUUCCUGACGCUAUAACUUCAGCUACUCAUUGUACUCUGCUCAGUUUAUUUAAUCGUGCGCACGUUUUUUCAAACGCUUACUUAAAACCGGUAUUGUGUUCACUGUGAAAUUGAGGUUUAAGUUAUUGGUUUCCUAAAAAUUCAAUUUGAAACCAUUAAUACAAUACAAUACAAUGUAUUGUGCAAAUUUGUAUUCAACUUCAACAGCAGGCAUUUGUUCUUAAGGUGGUAAUUUGAACUGUGUAAAUUAUGUGGAUCGUGCAUUUGAGGUUAAAUUCACCACUCUGUCCAUAGUCCAAAAUGCCGAGAGCACGACGUGCAAACAUCGGCCGCCGCACUAGACAUGCAAGCCAGCAACAAGUGUAUUCACAGAAGAGAGAAAAUGAGUAAACAGAAAAUAACCGAUUGAGACAAUGCGUGAGCACCCGAAGAGCUCCGCUGUAGCCGGAUCAGAACGAGAAGCUAGAACUCAACAACUCAACAGCUGUAUGGGAGGAGCAGAUAGAGUUUAAGCAGGGAAAAAAACUCUCAAUUAUAUCUCGAUUGUUUGUUAUCGAUAUCAUUAAUAACUUUCGAUCUAGAUCUUAGCACCGGGUUGAAGGAAGAAUUCGAUUGGGAACAAAGAGAAGAAUCUGAAUUGCAUUGAGAACAUGAGUGGGAGAAGGAGACAGAGUUUAGAAGCAAGAACCACCGUGGAAGGAAGAGCCAGAAUGGCAGCAGAAAUCAAAGUUUAUUCACGAAAUAAAGUGUGAAGAUUCGACAUAGCUUGAGGAGAAGACAGAUGUGGAGUAUGAAAUAGUUUUCCAGGAUUAAAACAACUGAAUCAGCGGAUGCAGGCAAUUGUAUUGAAUCAAUCACUAAAUAUUAUUAUUAAAAUUGGUUUUCUCAUGCAAUGAAUUAUAUUAUUAGUUUAUAAUUUCUGAAGCAGUGCAGACUUCUUCAAAUGCAUUAUAAUUUUAACAGACAUGAGAAAGAGGCAGAGUGUUAGUGUCUCUUCUGGAUCUUUAAAAAGGAAAUUUUCAAGUACAUAUAUUAAAUUAUGGGCUACAUAUUGAAAUGACUUUAAAAAUAUACAUUAUUAAAGAAUAUCCAUAGAUAUAUGUAAAGAAAGUA